UGGAGUAACUCAGCGGGUCAGGCAGCAUCUCUGGUGAAAGAAAAUGUCUCCUUUUCUCAAGAGGUGCUGCUGACCCGCUGUUACCCCAGCAUUUUGUGUCUAUCUUCGGUGUAAACUAACUAGCAUAUGCAGUUCCUUCAUACACAGAUGAUGUUUCGGGUCGAACCCCUUUAGUUCAUUGCUCAAGAUUUCAGCAUCUACAGAGUAGUUACUUGUCUCCUGUGCUCCUGUUUUAUGUUCUUCUGAUAAAUAAAUAUCAGUAAGGAGUAGAACCUCCUUCCGGAGGAGUAAGUCAGUGAUUGGACAACGGGCACAGCUCUAAGCCUUCAUGCUUUGGUUCCAUUAUAAAUCCAUAUGCAAAUAUGCAGUGGAAACCACCUAAAUCACAUUGUGUUCUGUCUAGUUGCCUUACUUCCACACAUAAAGGGGAGGACUAUUAACGGCACCCUCACAUUCGCACAUAUGAAAAUGCGGCUGCAAGAUUUAUAAUGGCAAAACCUGACGGUUUAUUCAGCAACAGAACACUGAUGGCCUCCAAAGAAAUCCCUGAUGUUAAAUCAAACUUCUUCAUUCGCCAAGAUAGUGCCAACACAUCACUGUCUUUAGGGUUUGACCCGUAUCACGCUGGAUUCAAUCUUCAAUUUGUUGAGCCAUUGGAAGAUCGGUACAAGUGUGUGAUUUGUUCUUUUGUUCUAUGUAAUCCGUACCAGACUGGAUGUGGACAUCGAUUUUGUGAAAAUUGCAUUGCAGAAUUAAGAGAGACAAAACCAAUUGCCAUGUGUCCUAUUGAUCACGAAGGAAUUAUUUCAAAUUGGAUAUUUAAAGAUAACUGCUGCAAGAGGGAAGUGUGGAAUUUGAUGGUGUAUUGUAAAAAUGCACCAGAUUGCAACACAAAAGUAUCCUUUGGGCGUUUAGGGGAUCACCUUAAAAAAUGUCAAUUUGAAACUGUAGAAUGCAUCAACGGUUGCAACGCUGUCUUGCAAAGGAAAUAUUUAAUCGAUCAUUUGCAAGCAGUGUGUGAAUUUAGAGAAGAGGCUUGCCAAUAUUGCAAAGUGACUUUAAUCUUUAAAAAUAUUAAGGAUCAUGAAGUCAUCACAUGUCCGAAGUAUCCUGUUUAUUGCACAAACAAUUGUGGUGCAAGUUUUAUGAGAAGUGAGAUUGAUGCACAUCUGACUAUCUGUCCAGAAGCUGAAGUGGAAUGUAGCUACAAAAAAUAUGGUUGCCAUGCCAGGGAGAAACGGAAGAAGAUGAAGGAACAUGAACAAUCUUGUUUAAAUGAACAUUUAUUGCUUGUUGUUACAAACAAUAAUAAAUUGGAAGCACAGAUAUUGGAUCUGCAAAAAACAUUAUGUGAAAGAAACCACAUUAUCACUCAGAUGGAAGAACAAAUAAACAAGCUUGACAUCAUGGUUGCACAUUUGAGUGAGGCCAUUUCUAAAAACGAUGAUGAGGUUGCAAAGACACAGAAAAUCCUGGCCGGGCAUGCUGACAAAAUAAUAACCAUUGAGCAACAUUCACAACAACUUUGCAGAAGAUUAGAUCAAGAAAGAAAUAAUGAAAUAACAUCACUGAAGGAAGUAAUUAUUGCAUUGAAGGAAAAGGUGGAAACUGCUGAAAACAACAUUGUGUCAAUGGUUUCUUUUAAGCCAUGUCUGAAGCAACACGAAUUAUUGUUAAAUACCCAUAAGAAACUACUAGAAAAGACUAAUGAGAGAUUUCGAGUCUUGGAAGCAGCUGGAUACAAUGGCAAACUGAUAUGGAAGAUCUGCAACUACAGAAGGAGAAAACAGGAGGCAGCGGAGGGAGCUGCUGUUUCUCUUUUUAGCCAACCCUUUUACACAAGUCGGUGUGGAUACAGGCUCUGUGCUAGGGCAUAUUUAAAUGGAGACGGUGCAGGCAAAGGAACACAUUUAUCUUUGUUUUUUGUUGUUAUGAAAGGCGAAUAUGACUCUCUGUUGAUGUGGCCAUUUAAACAGAAGGUCACUCUUGCAUUGCUUGACCAGAGCCAAAAAAAACAUCACAUUGUAGAACUCUUUAAGGCCGAUGCCAGCAGCACCAGUUUCAAAAGACCAAUUUCAGAAAUGAAUAUCGCAUCUGGAUGUCCACGAUUUGUGUCCCAUGCAGUUCUCGAAGUUGGGAAAAUGGGGACAUAUAUAAAAGAUGACACAUUGUUCAUCAAAGUCAUCGUGGACUUAACUGAUCUUGAAGAUCAAUAGCCGAAUUUCUAAAAUUUGACUCAAACAAAUGGAUCCAUUGUUCGAUAUUGAAUGUUAUGUUACUAUAUUUUAUUGAGCACCAAGCUUGGGAAAGACUAAUAUAAUUAUUGUGAAUAUUUUUUUAUUUUUCUAUUAAAUGCAGAUCUCAUUCACACGUGCAUGAUUGCUGGUUAAUUACAUUGUUCACUUAGUGAUUAUUUUUAUAUUUAAAUCCGAUCAGACUUAGGAUCUGCUUAGGAUUCACAGAGGUAGAAAUUGUUGACUUUUUGGUCCAUGAAUUUAAUGCAGGAAUAACAUAACGUGCAAGAUUCCCAAAUGCUACAGGGCUUUUAGUCAGAUCUGGUGGUUGUUUGGAACCUGUGUAGGCCUCAUUUCCUUUAGGACAAGAGAUUCCUAUAAAUAUUUUUGGCUCCAUCAGAGAAUUUGUCUGCAGGAUAAUGGAGGCUUAACCAACAAUCCGUAGAAACUCCAUUGGAGGCUGUCACUGUUUGUUUUCUACUUCCAAGACUUAAGGUCUAAGUUCCAUGUUCCCCAGAGAUACUGCUUGAACCACUGAGUUGCUCCAGCACAUUGCGUCUUUCUUUGCAAAUUGUCAUCUGCAGUUCACUAUGUCUCCACUUAGUAGCCUGCACUCAGUUACCCGUCCUGCUGAUCUUGAGGAAAUUUCACCCUCUGCUCACCUCCCAUCCAAGAGGUUUCUGAGGAUUAUCAUCAACUGGGCAAAUAGCUCAAAUUCCACCUGGUUAUAUUGCCAACUUUGAUUGAACUAUUGCAAUCAGGUCAAAUGCCAAGUAAUGACUGUGUGCAAAAACAAAGUUCAAGUUGUGCAUGGUUUCAGAUACUAAUGAAUAUGUACCAUACGUUAAAUUUAAUUGAAGAGGAUUAAAAAAUAGUACAAUCAUAUUAACUUAGGAAGUUCAUUUAAAAAGGUUUUUUUUUUAAAACUGCGUUCAAACUUCUGUACCAACUAAGGUCAUUACAUGUAGUGUAUGGAAGAAAAAAGAAUGCAUUUGAAACAAGUAAUAUUGUGUAUGAGUGACAGCUCCUUUUAAAAAAUUGAUCGUUGUUUAAAUCUACAGUCUAGGCAACUGGUUGAUGGUAUUUAAUCAGUUUGGGUUAGUUAAAUCAAAGUGGGUUUUAGACUUUGACAGACCCAAGUUAGACCAUUUCAUGCUUAAGAUGAGACAAUUAUGGCCUAUCAUAAAAAGAUGUGAAAUUCUUACUUUAUCUUUUUCAGGACGAGGUACAUUUAACACAUGUUUAUAAAUCUAUGUAAACAUAAACAGCAGUGUCUCUCUUUAUAGAUGCUGUCUGACAUGGAGUAUUUCCAGCAUUUUUCAUUGUUAUUUCAAAUCACCAGCAUAAGCGUUUUUUAUUUUUAAUACAAAAGUCAAAUAUGUUCAAAAAUUUGUCAAUUAAAGACAAUAACUGAUUAUGUUGUUGGGGUUACCAUGUCGCCUUCAAGACAAAGAGAAUCAAAUGGAGACAGAAACUGCAGAGGCUGGACCUUUCAGUGAAAAGCAUCCCUAGUUCUGGUAUCUUGAAUUCUAAUACUUACAAACAUAUGAACAAGAGAAAUAGAAAUGACCUGUGAUGUUUCAGAGAAUACAGUAGAACAUUUUAGGAGGUAUGCACAGGACCCAAAUUAUUUCAUAAGGUUUGUUGCAGCUGUAGAAUAUUCUGAAUUCUUAAGAUGACUGUAGCAUCACAAAGCAUUUCUGUUCAUACAUUUGUGAAUUCCAUUCUGGUAGGAAGGAGACAGUAGUUGUGAAGAAAAUAAAAGAAAGAAUAAAACAGCUGCAGCUGAAGAGAACGUAAAUAGAACUGAUUAUGUUCAGAGAUACCCUAUCCUCCCAACGGAGUUAACAGCAAGGACAUAUGCAUGUCGUUGUUUGUGGAGCAGUUGAAAGGAUGGUUUCAUUUCUCUGGGGAGGCCAUCAGGGAUCACGUCACCUCCUGCACAAGAGUUGUAAGGACGUUG